AUGGUUGAUCAAGACCGAAUAAGACAAAUGCUCUUCCUGCACAACAUCGUCCCCAAGAACGGCCUUCGCUGGAAGUAUUAUGCCAACCAUGGCAUCAUUCACCGGGACCGCCGGAACGAGGUCGUCUUCACAACUCUCCACGCCCUCGUGGACGACGUUCUGCCUGGUAUCAGGCUAAACUCCCGCCUGGCCAAGGACCAGGUCGAGCGGCACCUUGUCGAGGUCGUGGACGCCGCCACUCGCUUCGUUAGCGAGACCCCUGCGAUGAUGGAUCCCAUGGAUCCCAUGGCAGGCCUCGGCUUGACGGGAGUCCAUAACGAGGACUUCAACCUUCUGGAGGAAGAAGUAUCCUUCCUCGAACGGGCCAGAGAGGCCACCAGGCCGGGGCAGGAGCUUACCAACCACGUCUUUCAAGCCUUCCACUUGUUCUUAGCGAUUAUUGAGGCGCGCAAGCACUUUCUUGAAUUCGCGGCCGAGAAUGAGAAGAAUUUGGGCCCACAGGACCCUGCCCGGUACUCGCUGCUCGCCUAA